AAUGAGCGCCCCAAUCAACAAAGUCCUCAUCGCCGACGACAUCGAGCAGGAGUGUGUCGACAUUCUGAAGCAGAACGGAAUCGAGGUGACCGUGAAGACGAAGCAGACGAAGGACGAGCUUCUCGUCACCUUGCCACAGCACGACGCCGUCAUUGUUCGCAGCGCCACGAAGAUCACCGCCGAGCUGUUGGCUGCAUCAGCUGGGAAGCUGAAGCUUGUUGGAAGAGCCGGGACUGGAGUUGACAAUAUCGAUGUGCCAGCCGCAUCGGCGAACAAGAUUCUCGUGAUGAAUACACCACAAGCCAACUCCCGUUCUGCCGCCGAGCUCACGUGCACACUCAUUCUCUCCCUCUCCCGCCACGUUCCACAAGCCGCCGCAUCGAUGAAGGCCGGCAAAUGGGCCCGCAAGGAUUUCAUGGGAGAGGAGGUCUACGGACGCACCCUAGCCGUUCUCGGCCUCGGACGAAUUGGAUCUGAGGUGGCCGUCAGGCUUCAGGCCUUUGGAAUGAAGGUUAUUGGAUUUGAUCCAAUGGUCACGAAGGAGCAGGCUGAGGCGAAGAACAUUGAGCUGCUCUCGUUGGAGCAGAUUUGGCCACAGGCCGAUUAUAUUACGGUCCACGUACCGCUGAUCAAGCAGACUGAGAAUUUGAUCAAUAAAGAGACCCUCGCGAAAUGCAAAAAAGGAGUCCGUAUCAUCAACGUGGCGCGUGGAGGAAUUGUGAACGAGGUCGACCUGGUGGAAUCCCUGAACGCUGGACACGCCAAGGGAGCAGCAUUCGACGUGUUUGAGCAAGAACCACCAACGUUCAGAGAGCUCAUCGAUCAUCCACUCGUCAUUGCGACACCACAUCUCGGAGCAUCAACGAUUGACGCGCAGCUCCGUGUCGCAUCGGAAAUCGCCGAUAACAUUGUGCAGUACAAUAAGGGAACUAUGCUCGGAGUUUUGAACGCACGAGAGGUGCUCAACUAAUUUAUUUGUGUGUUUAUUUGAAUUUUCGCCCAUAUUUUCUGUUUAUACGAGAUCAUUUUACAUUUUUACAAUACAUUUUUUGUGAGUUUAAGUCGUUUUCGCAUACAACCAUUUUUUUUCAGUUUUAUUCAUAAAAAUACAUAAGAAAAUCGAUAAAAAACCAACAAAAAAAAAAUUAUCCUCCUCGAGACCACCACCAUUCUGAAAUAAAAAGAGUCUAGUAAA